CAGGGACCUAUCAAACUAAGAAUCAGUGUUGUAUAAGACUGUUCAUUUUCUAGGAGAAUGCAGUUUUAAAACAGUAAAAAUUACUUUUAAUUAUAAUAAUCCAAAGUAUUUUCUUUGAAGACAGCUCGGUAGAGGCGCCACUAGAGUUGCCAAGACGCACUCUUCAUAGAGCUUUUGAUACAGUACCAGCGGACCAGUGAAUGCAGAAUGCAGCGUAGAUAACUUACAAAAUAUUGAUAUAUUUUAGGAAUCAUGAGUGAUGAGGAAUGGUCAAAAUUUGCCAAACAGUAUGAUCCUGUCAAAAUUGGUUCAAUUGAUGGAACCGACACUAUCCCCCAUGAUCGCGCAAUCGUAAGAGCCAUCAACUCCGAAUAUUCCCCAAACAAAUUUGUGAAAGGUAAACCUGAAUGUACAAUAUUUGUAAGCAACCUAAGUCCAAAAACCACAAAGGAUACAUUGAAGGACCACUUUGUAAAGUAUGGUCGCAUAAAACGAUUUCGUGUCGUUAAAGACAUAGUCACAGGCUUCUCAAAGGGCUAUGCAUUUGUUGAAUAUGAGUCUGAACACUAUGCAGAGGAGGCCUACAGGAGAGCGUACAAAUCUGAAUUGGAUGGCAAUGUACUAUUUGUGGAUUUCGAAUGCGAGAGAUUGUUAAAAGGCUGGAAACCAAGGCGACUGGGCGGUGGAUUCGGUGGUAAAAAGGAGUCCGGACAGAUGAGGUUUGGAGGACGAGACAGACCAUUCAAGAAGCCGAUACAUCUGGAAAUCAGAGAGAAGGACGAACGUCGGAUGAGAGACGAUCGUCGCAGAGAUUAUCGCAAACACGAAAGGCACAGACAUAAUUGAAAUAAUUUCUUAUUAUUGUUUGUUUCUGUAAUAGUAAAAAUAUAAUUAAUAAGCAUCAA